AUGUCACAUGAAAAUGAAAAUAACAAUAACCCCUCUUCAUCAUCAUCCUACGAAUCUGAUUCAUCUAAUUCAUCAUCCUCAGAAGAAGAAGAACAAAAUAUUAUUACAAAACCAAUAUUUAUAUCUAAAAAUCAAAGAAAUAAUAAUAAGAAUAUUGAUGAUGAUAAUAAAACUAUUAGUAAUAAUGAGAAUCAAUUGACUACCACAUCUAGUAACCAAAGAAAAGAAACUUUAAUAUCUCAAUUAGAUCAAAAAAGUAAAAUAAAUAAUAUAGAUUCAUCAAAAGAUGAAUUAAAUGGUAUAAAUUCAAUUGAUGAUACUGAUGAUUUAAAUCCAGAAUUAGAAUUUAAUAAUUGGAAAUUACGAGAAAAAAAAAGAUUUUUAAGAGAUCAAGAAAUUAUAAAACAAUUAGAAUUAGAAAAAGAAGAUCAAUUUAAUAGAAAUCAAAAAGAUUUAAAUAAAAUAUAUUAA